AUGACUCGGUAUGAGGAACUAACUUCAAUGAACUUGUCGGAUCAGGAAGAGACUGGCGCACGUCUUGGAGAGGAGCGGAUGAAGAGAAUCAUUGAUCAGGGAUUGGAAAAGAUUGAGAGAAGCAAGGUGGCUAGAGGCCUGUCGGAAAGGAACAUCGCAGUCAUAACGGCUGUCAAGAACCUUCUGGAUAUUGCUUUGCAGAAAAUCCCGCAUGUCGCUUUGCCCUGGGCAGUCAUCUCGUCAAGUGUGGAUAUUUUCCUUAAACCAGUCAAAUCCGGCAUUGACUUAUGCAACGGGGUGGGUUACGUCGUGGGUAGAAUCGAAUGGUUUUCCGACAUCACCGACAAAAUAUUGAGUCAAGAUUUCAUCAGCGACCAAGAGUCUUUUAGACCAAUCCGCAAUUCUAUCGAAACAUCGAUAAGCGCUCUCUAUCAGUCUCUCCUUUUUUAUCAAAUUCAGGCUGUCUGUUUCUACAAUGAGAAACAUCACUUGUUUUUCUUAUUGACCCGCGGGAUAUUGCACUUUGAUGACUGGAGUGGGGAUUUACAAGGCAUCAAGGAUGCAGAGGAACGCCUCAACAGAGAUUGCGGGCUCUACGACCUCGAGCUCCCGAAGUCCCAAGUACGGGAGAUUCGCAUUUGUGUUAAUGUUAUAAAGCAAGUUGGGUACACACUCCAGUGA